AUGCGGGGAAGCCAUCUCAGACCUAGAGUGGUUCAUGCCGGAGUUCCCCAAGGCAGCGUUCUUGGACCGCUGCUAUAUAACGUUUACACGGCCGACCUCCCUGUUCUUCAGAGGCCUGACCUGCUCGCAGCAACCUAUGCAGACACCGCUUUCCUUACCACUUCCGAUAGCGCCAUGGGCGCAGACGAAAUUAUGCAAAUGCAGCUGGACUUGCUUAGCGACUGGCAAAAGCGAUGGAACAUUGCAGAAGACAAUCCCAAGUACCUGGGGUUCACUCUAGACAGGAGGCUAACCUGGAGGCCCCACCUAUUGAAAAAGAGGAAACAGGCUGAUGAAAGACUUCGAUCUUUCUACUGGCUCAUGGGUUCUCAAUUUUCCUUGGGUCAAGGACGAGAUCCCCAGAAACAGCGCACGCUACACGAGAAGCCGAAAAUGAUGAACGUUUUGCUGUGCGAUGCAAACUGGGAUGGUCUGUCUAUGGGCGAUAUGGACUGGACGAGAUCAUUCCUCCGCGUGUACUGCAUAUUUGCCAGUGUAAAGGUGGUACUCGAACCUUUGAUGAAGCGACUACAAAAUACAUUGGUGGUCGUGGCGAAGACAGUCGGGGAGGUGGAAGCUACUGCGAACCGUGCGAUCGAAAAAGUGGAGGCUUGGCUGUCCACCGCCGGACUACAAUUGGCACCGCACAAGACGAAAGCAGUGCUAAUCUCGAGCCGGAAAAAAGUGGAAACGACGACGAUCCGAGUAGGAGGAGUGGCCAUCACCUCAAAGAGAGCCAUUAAAUACCUCGGAGUGAUGCUGAACAUGCUGAACUCAUUCCGGGAGCACUUGGAGUGUGCUCACAAGAGGGCAAAGGUUCAUAGGCACAGGCUCAUUCCGGAUGUGGGCAUAUGGACCGGAAGAAAGCACGGCGAGAUAGAUUUCUACCUGACUCAGGCCCUUAGUGGACACGAGUACAGAAGCUAUUUAAAGCGAUUCGGGCACGAAAGAGAGGAUGGCUGUCCCUCACAUGGCAGGGGGGUCAUGGAGGACGCCUACCAUGUCCUCUUCGACUGCCGGCGCUUCGACGAGGAACGAACCAACCUUGAGGAGAGCCUGGAAGAGACCUUCUCACCCGAGAGCAUGGUGCCACUAAUGCUGAAGUCGGGGCGCAAAUAG